CUCGCGGCCGCCGCGCUGCCCCAGUGGCGGCAGAGCUCGUACGCGGGCGACGCCAUCAUCACGGCCGUGGGGCUCUACGAGGGGCUCUGGAUGAGCUGCGCCGCGCAGAGCACCGGGCAGCUCCAGUGCCGCCUGCACGACUCGCUGCUCGCCCUCGACGCCCACGUGCAGACCUCACGGGCCCUCAUGGUGGUUUCCAUCCUACUCGGCUUCUUUGGCCUCAUUGUCAGCGUCGUGGGCAUGAAAUGCACCAGGGUGGGCGAGGACGACCCCGUCACCAAGGGUCGCGUAGCUGUCGCUGGUGGCAUCCUCUUCAUCCUCUCAGGGCUCUGCACACUGGCUGCAGUCUCCCUCUAUGCGGCCCGUGUCACCCACGAGUUCUUCAAUCCCAGCACCCCUGUCAAUGCCAGGUACGAGUUCGGCUCCGCACUCUUCGUGGGCUGGGCGGCCGCCGGCCUCGCCGGCCUCGGUGGCUCCCUGCUCUGCUGCUCGUGCCCAGCGGGUGAGCGGCACCAGCCCCAGCGCUACCGGCCCUCGCAGCCCUCCACUGCCCGCGAGUACGUCUGA